CGCGUGGGAUUGAAGCCCACUGCUCCGGCCCGGGCCACCAGCUGUUCCUCGGUGUCCGAAUGCCAGGGAUAAUCUACGCCCUGGAAAACCACUCUUCGAGCUUUCUAUCCGAUGCUGCGUGGCUAAAUCAACCGUGGGGUCGAACCCCGAAAACCCCCUUUACGCAGGUAGUCGAUUGUCUCGCGCAGGCGCCCGGGAUUCUCCAGCAGGUGUUCCUCCUACCCAGCCUAAGCCCUGACCAACAAAUCGAGGCCUGUUUCCAGCUGAUCACGGAAUGCUGGCAAAUCGACGCAAAGCUGGACAUGGUCUAUGCUGCCAUGCAGGGUGGCAGCUCGGACCCGCUUUACUGGCCGGUUGCCUCGAAAAACCCCCCUCAGGCAGCACCCGAGCAUACAGAGAACCUCUUCCCGUUCGUUUUCCACUUUGCAGACUUCGAAACCGCAGCGACGCUCAUCCUGCUGUGGGCGGUGCGGGUCCUGCUGUGGUCGGGUCUGUGCAAUUUGUACGAUGGCAUGUUUCCGAACAGCUGCAUGCUACCAGCUGAUGAGUCAGUGGGGCCGCUUCGAGCCCUCGGCUAUCGGAGGGAGUAUGUCUCUAUGGCCCAUCAUGUCUGUCAAUCGGUUGAGUAUCUGAUGCAGGACGAAUUUCUGCUCGCAGGACCGCUGUCGGUCACUCCGGCGCUGGGAAUCGUGAUCGACAGUCUGCGGUAUCAACCCGGCCAUGCCGCGGUGGUUGCAUGGCUGCGGGCGGCCCUGGACCUCGUUCGGCAGAAGGGGUUGGGAGUGUUGGAGCAUAGUCGUUGAUUUGUCCGAUCCGUUCGGAAUCACGGACUGUACGUAUUGUACUAUGUAGCACGGGCGCAUAUAACAUGCAGAAGACCCGGCCUUGUUGUAGGCUUAUCAACCC